CGAAAGAACCAACAGUUAAACGCUGACCACACACCUAUGGCCUCAGCUAUCAAUCGGUCGUAGUUGAAAUUCGAAACGUAAACUAUACGAGCGUAUAAUCUAGCGAUUUUCGACCAGCUGAUGUAAUCUCAUUAUCGUCGUCGUCACGGCUAUCUAUUCUUUUUUCCAUACUCCAGUUUGUGUCAGAAAGGAGUCCCUUCUCUGAAGACAUAUCCGUGUAAGGUUGUGGACCGAUGGCGUCGGCAUUUUUGCCAGUUGUUAAUUCUUUGGACGCAGGUGUUAGUUUUUCUGGAGGAGUGAUUGGUGCAACCCUUGGUGUGGAAAUCACCCUGGAAGAGGUGCUUUGUCACGACACCAGAAAGGACUGUUGGGUUGUCAUAUACGACAGGGUCUACGAUAUCACUGAAUUCUUAGAUGAGCAUCCAGGAGGAGCUGAUUUACUUCUGGAAUACGCCGGUAGAGACGCUAGUGUCGCGUUCCGCAGCGCUGGACAUUCCCAAGACGCUGUUCAACUACUGCAUAGAUACUUCAUCGGUGAAUUACCGAUUAGUGAGAGGGUUUUCCGAAAAGUUGGGGGAUUCAAACUAAGUGAUAUGCCGGAGUAGCGGGCUGAUGCGAAAACUGAACCUCUAAUGCCCUUUGGUGACUAGAUGUGACUAGGCUAUCUGAAAAUACUGGCUGCCCACUCACUCUUGAUAAAAAAAAAGAUGAAACUGGCGACUUUUGAAUGGAUCAACCCUCUGGAAGUUUAAGCCUAUUCCUGAUACUUCACUUGAUUUCCGCAUUGUUUCCUAUGGCGCUCUGAUCGAAUUUCGUUAUCGUUUCUAUGAAAAUAUGAUCGUUAUAUAGCGCCUCUACCGGAAAGAAAUGGAAGUUUAACGCAGUCGUUUCUGUGGCCAUUUUAUUCAAUAGUUUUACAAAUGGAACAAACAGAAAGAACUGGUAUUCCAGAGUUGGAGUCGCCAGAAUUAUCUAAAAAAUUUAAUCCGUGAAUACAGCAGUAUUUUUAGACUUCUUAGAUGUGACUGAUGUUUUCACCUAUAGACUACUUUUUCACAGAUUUAAAAGAUAGAUAGAUAGUCUGUAACUAACAAUUCCUAAGAAUAACAAAAAACAUAGAUAUGCCUUGUCUAUCUCUUUUCUGAAGUCGAAAUAUUAAGCUUGUUUUUAUUCACCACGAAAUCUUACCAUAGCAACCGCCUAGUUUAAAAAUUUUAGGAUGCCAACUCACCUGAAGGAUAACUUCCAAAAGAAUGCUAAUGUGUUAUUACUUUCAGUAAUAACGCCUCAUGGCAAAUCCUCUCCUCACCUCCCCAUGCCGACAUUUUAAAACAAACACAGACUACGGUUUCACAACAAACGCGACGAAGGCAGGGCAUCUCUAUGUAUUCUAUUACUAUGAGUUUUAUUCAUUAAGUUUUCUUAGAAUCACAAAAUCUAAAAAUCAUACCUUAUGGUCUUUUGAUGUAAAUGACGUUUCUCUAUUUCAGUAUCGUAAUAAGUUCAUUACAGUUCUAAAAACAGUGCUGUAAUGAACUCAUUACAGCAUCGUUUUCAGUUAUAUUUUUCGGUUUUUGGUUGUCUAUAAUGACUUCCAAUCCUAUCAAAUUUCAACAAACGUCAAUAAUUCUUAAUAUAAUAUAAUUUGGAUAUAGUGAAAUGAUUUGCAAUAUUAUUCGCAACUUUUCUUAAUUUUGGUGGUGUUAAAUCGAUUUCGUCAGACAUAACUAACGAAUUUAAUGCGUAAUUGUAAAUUAUUUCAAAAUUCGAAACGUACGAUUCAUAUCCAAAUUCCGUAAUCUGUCAAUGUUCGUAACAGUCACACCAACUGCCAUGAUACAAUACAAAUGUCACUAGGAUAUAUAAUCUAAAUUUUCCAUUGAAUUUCGAAAAUAAUUCACAAAAAUUAACUGAAAUGGAGAAAAUAUCGUCUAGUACUCGUUGCAGAAGGCAAUUCCAACACUCAUGCGUUCGAAAACUAGCUCCUUCGUCGCUCGUUUUCGAAUUUCGCAUUCGUGUUAGAAUAGGAGCCCAUUCUACAACUUGUUUUAGAAUAUACUAUUUUUUCUAUUAAAUGAAUAUUAGAGGUCUGUUGAACUAAAUUGCUUUGCAACUUUUCACUUUUCGAAUGGAUUUGAAAAAAACAUUCAGAAUUGAAAAGGGCGGACUGGAUAGUUAAGGAAAAUUUGCAUGAUAGUUUGAAGGAAUAGGGCUCUAGCAUUACUUAACGUAUAAUUGUUACUUCUUCACUUAGUAAAUUUGAUAUAAAGCAAAGCAAAGUGAUAAAGUUGCAAAAUUCUGUGGGGCAAUAGGCCUCAGUUAUCAAUUAUUUUGUACAUUUGAAGAACUUGAGAGAAAGAAACGAUGAUAAGACUAAAGUGUGGGUGUAUUAAAGACCACUACUAAAAAUUGUUUAAUGCAAAUUCAAUUUUUCAACUUGACUUUCACUAUUGGUCGUUUCUAGCUCGAAACAACUAACUAUAAACAUUUUCUGAAAAUUUUGUUAUCUCAUUUUGCAACAAUUGACACCAGUUUAUAGAGUCAACUCAUAAAAAAUUAAAAAAUGAUCUCAGAUUGAAUUGGAUCAUUAUAUUAUGGUGAAAACAAUGAGUUAUUUUUGUGAUUGCCAUUUAAUUGGGAAAGAUUAUUGCUUGUGAAUCAGUAUUAUAUUUAUUUUUAUUUAAAUUUUGUUUUUACAAUGGAGUCGUUGACUUGCUUGUUAUUAUUAAUGUUUAAAUUGCCUAUUGGUUUUACUAUAUGGAUUAUUUAUUUACCUCUUUGUUGAAUAAUAGGAUAUAAGGAAAUAAAUGAUAGAAA